CACGUAGUAAAUAUCUAUCAAACAAACUGAGUAAGCUGUCGACAUGGACAACACAAUCUACCAUUACCAUACAUCAUAUCUAACAAAAAGAUAAUGGAUAAUAGACGACAAAUCUUUGCAUGUUGCAAACAGGUUGGGUUUAAGGAGGACGUACACGGCCAGUUUUCCCAUUUCUCAUUGAAAGUUGAAAGGAAAAGACAAGGAAAUUCGUAUGAGAUUUAAGAAAGAAGUUUACGACGAAGAACGGCCUCGGUGGGUAUCGUAUAUUUACAAAUACGGAGCUCUCUUCUUUGGCGAUCAUCGCAAACGCAGCAAAGACAGAAGAGACGAGAGCGAGGGGGAGAGAGAACGUGCGAAAGUAGUGUAAAAGAGCGAGAGAGAGAGAGAGAGAACAUAGCGUAGCGUAGACGGUGAGGAACAGCGAGAGUGUGUGAAACGAGGAACGAAAUUGGUCGCGCGCGGGAAUCAGCGGUUGUUGUGUGUUUGGCCUUUUUCUGCUUGUGAUUUAUUGCGAGAGAUUGUGAUUGCUAAUGCGAGACGUGUGUUUUUUUACUUAAGAAUCGAAAAUCUACGUGUGGGAGUUGAUGCGAUAGAGUGUAUGAAAGCUGGACAGUUUAUAAUAAAUAAUGGCAACGUUAGCGGAACAAGCGUCUAAGCUUUUGGACUUUAAUCAGAAGCUAGAUAUAACACUUCUCGAUAACGUAGUAGGUUGUAUGUACACCGGGAUAGGCGAGCAACAAAGAAUUGCACAGGAAGUAUUAACGACACUUAAAGAACAUCCAAAUGCAUGGACACGUGUAGAUACAAUUCUAGAAUAUUCACAGUACCAACAAACAAAGUAUUACGCUUUACAAAUAUUGGAACAAGUAAUAAAGACACGAUGGAAAGUACUACCACGAAAUCAGUGCGAAGGUAUAAAAAAAUAUAUUGUAGGCCUUAUCAUAAAAACAAGCAGUGACCCAGAAACAAUGGAAACAUCUAAAGUUUACCUUAAUAAACUUAAUAUGAUUUUAGUUCAGGUUUUAAAAAGAGAGUGGCCAAAAAACUGGGAAUCCUUUAUAGGUGACAUUGUCGGAGCAAGUAAAACAAACGAAAGUCUUUGUCAAAACAAUAUGACAAUUUUGAAAUUAUUGUCAGAAGAAGUAUUCGACUUUUCCAGCGGACAAAUGACACAAACAAAAGCAAAACACUUAAAGGAUACAAUGUGUAGUGAAUUUUCGCAAAUCUUUCAACUUUGUCAAUUUGUAUUGGAUAAUUCACAAAAUGUUCCACUAGUAGCUGUUACGUUAGAAACUCUUUUAAGGUUUCUAAAUUGGAUUCCCCUUGGAUAUAUUUUUGAAACUAAAUUAAUAAGUACCCUUGUAUUCAAGUUCUUGAACGUACCAAUAUUCAGAAAUGUCACGUUAAAAUGCUUGACCGAAAUUGCUGCUGUAACUGUAACAACAUACGAUGACGCGUUUGUAAUGUUAUUUAUUAAUGUAAUGCGGCAGUUGGAACAAAUUUUACCGCGUGACACUAAUAUACGUGAGGCAUACGCAAUCGGUCAAGAUCAAGAACAAAAUUUCAUUCAAAAUUUAGCUAUAUUUCUUUGCACAUAUUUGAAGGAACAUGGCCAAUUUAUAGAGAAGAAACAGUUACAUGAUAUGCUGCUCACGGCGUUGCACUAUCUUGUGUUGAUUUCUGAGGUCGAAGAAGUUGAAAUUUUCAAAAUCUGUUUGGAAUAUUGGAGCACGUUAGCAAUUGAUUUAUAUAGAGAAACUCCGUUUAUUGUGACUCAAACUCCGCAAUAUAUGCUUAAAAAUGUAACGAUUCCAAAUAGAAAAUUAUUCUACUGUCCAGUUCUGACAAAAGUGCGAUAUAUUAUGAUCAGUAGAAUGGCUAAACCUGAAGAAGUUCUCGUCGUAGAGAAUGAAAAUGGAGAAGUUGUCAGAGAAUUUAUGAAGGAUACCGAUUCUAUUAAUUUAUAUAAAAAUAUGAGAGAAACUCUUGUGUAUCUUACUCACCUCGACUACAUAGAUACCGAAAGAAUAAUGACAGAGAAACUACAUAAUCAAGUAAACGGUACAGAAUGGUCUUGGAAGAAUCUUAAUGCGUUGUGCUGGGCGAUUGGUAGUAUUUCUGGCGCGAUGCACGAAGAAGAUGAAAAACGAUUUUUAGUAACUGUGAUCAAGGAUCUCCUUGGCCUUUGCGAACAAAAAAAGGGCAAAGAUAAUAAAGCUAUCAUUGCUAGCAAUAUUAUGUAUGUAGUCGGGCAAUACCCAAGAUUUCUCAGAGCACAUUGGAAGUUUUUAAAGACUGUUGUAAAUAAACUGUUUGAAUUUAUGCAUGAAACCCACGAUGGUGUGCAAGAUAUGGCCUGUGACACAUUUAUAAAAAUAGCAUUAAAGUGUAGGCGACAUUUCGUUACAGUACAAUUAGGAGAAGCAGUACCGUUUAUCGAAGAAAUUCUUUCUACUAUUAGUAGUAUCAUAUGUGACCUUCAAACACAGCAGGUACAUACAUUUUACGAGGCAGUUGGUUACAUGAUAAGUGCACAGGCAGACACAGUUGUUCAGGAACAAUUAAUAGAAAAAUACAUGCUUCUACCAAAUCAAGUUUGGGAUGAUAUAAUAAGUCAAGCAUCUAAAAAUGUAGAUGUAUUGAAAGACCAAGAAGCUGUAAAACAACUCGCUAACAUUUUAAAAACAAAUGUUAGGGCUUGCAAAGCUCUUGGGCAUCCGUACGUGAUACAAUUAGGAAGAAUAUAUUUAGAUAUGUUGAACGUUUAUAAGGUUAUGAGUGAGAAUAUAAGUGCUGCAAUAGCUUUGAAUGGUGAAAUAGUAAUGGAACAGUCUUUAAUUAAGAGUAUGAGAGUAGUCAAAAAAGAAACAUUAAAAUUGAUCUCUGAUUGGGUCAGCAGAACAACCGACCAUCAAAUGGUUUUAGAAAACUUUAUACCACCAUUAUUGGAUGCUGUAUUACUGGAUUAUCAAAAAACGAAUGUUCAUUGUGCUCGAGAACCAGAAGUACUGAGUGCUAUGGCUACUAUCGUAAAUAAAUUACAGAAUCACAUUACGAGUGAGGUACCGAAAAUAUUUGAUGCUGUGUUCGAAUGUACUUUAGAAAUGAUUAACAAAGAUUUUGAAGAAUUUCCGGAACAUAGAACGAAUUUCUUUUUACUUCUACAGGCCGUGAAUGUUUACUGUUUCCCUGCAUUUCUUUCAAUUCCACCAGCACAAUUUAAGCUAGUUCUCGAUUCAAUAAUUUGGGCUUUCAAACAUACAAUGAGAAACGUUGCAGAUACAGGGUUACAAAUACUUUAUCAACUUUUGCAAAAUAUCGAAAACGAGCAAGCUGCUCAAAGUUUUUAUCAAACAUAUUUCACAGAUAUUCUUCAACACAUAUUUAGUGUAGUCACAGAUACGUCUCAUAUAGCGGGCCUUACCAUGCAUGCUACUAUUUUGGCAUACAUGUUUUCAUUGGUUGAACUCGGACGAAUUCAGGUGCCAUUGGGACCUGUGCCAGAUAAUACAUUGUACGUUCAAGAAUUUGUUGCAAGAUUGCUUAAAGCAGCUUUCCCACAUUUGACUGAUAACCAGAUUAAAAUUACUGUACAAGGUUUAUUUAAUCUUGACCAAGACAUCCCGGCAUUCAAGGAACAUCUAAGAGAUUUUCUUGUUCAAAUUAGAGAAUACACUGGCGAAGAUGACUCUGAUCUCUAUUUAGAAGAGCGAGAAAAUGCUUUACGGUCGGCUCAAGAAGAUAAAAGGCGACAACAAAUGGCAGUUCCAGGAAUACUUAAUCCUCAUGAAAUACCAGAAGAGAUGCAGGAUUGAAUUACCAAUCGUCCUUGUUAUUUGCUUCCUGUGCAUCUCAAUGAGAAACAUUCUGUUACAGAGACUAUUGUAUCCUUUAAUCUACAACUUUCCCCACAACGUGUACCACAAUUACCAUCAAAAUGAAUAUACAUUACUAUAUACUUUUUAAAGCCAAGUUUACAAUAUAAUAUUCUUGUUAAGGAGGCAAGCCCGAAACGUGGUAAUUGUUUGUCUGUUAUGCAAUUUAAAUAGAACUGAGUUCUGUUACGAGUAACAUGUAAAUGUAUGCUGAACAAUACUAUUUAAUGCGAUAAAAAGGUUAGCAUUUGCGUUGUACUAGUAUCGAUACUGAUAAGUGAUAUUUUCUACAAAGCGUGUGUAACAAACGGAUUAUUAUGAAUAUUAAAAAAUAUACAGAAAGGAAUUGUAAAGCAUUAUCGAUGUCGAUUAAACACAAUAAUACGCGUAACAUUAUAUUUCAUGUUCGCAGAAACAAAAUUUUCCUGCAGUAUCUUAUAUAUAAAUUGUACUUUUGUCAUUCUAGAUUAUUUUAAACUGUUGCAUAGAAUGUAUUAAGCGUGUCAGAAAAUGACAAUUAAAGUAUAUAAUAUUAUGUAUAAUAUCCGUGUGUGUGUGUGUGUGUGUAUGCGUGCGUGUGUGUAUAUUAGAUUGGAAAGUAUAGGUAAAACUGUUUUCUAAAAUACGUUAAAUUGCAAUUGCAAUGCUUAGUACAUUUUAUGCAUAAAAUAGUAUUGUUUCAGCAGAUGUAGAAGAUGUUACGUUUAUAUGUGUGUUUUUAUCUGCAUAAAGUUGUAUAAUAAUGCUAUUAUUAUUACUAUAUAUAUAUAUAUAUAUAGUAUAUAUAUAUAUAUAUAUAUACACAUAUGAUACACUGCAAGUCAUACAGAGGAAUUUUGUAAAUUAAAUGAAAUGUCAAACAUAGCAUUUGUUUAGGUUUCACUUCUCUGAUAAUCCCUAUAUAUUCUUUGAGAUCGAUCAGAAAUACUUUGAAGAUAAAACAGGAGGCUAUGUUUUGUUUAUAUUUAAGAAAUACAAUUGAAUUAAAUAAACAAAUAUAUUUGAGUAGCUAAGCUAUUUUACAUAUAUUUUAAUGCUGCACUCAAUGGUGAGAGUUGGUUGCUAGUAUUUAUGUUUAUAUACACGAAAUUUUUAUUUCUUUUACAUUUAUUUUGUUCGUUUCACAAGUAAGUAUAGCUAAUAAACUGCGAGUCUAACUGCUGUCAGUUUUUCAAAUAAGAUCGAAAAUUAUCAAGUGGCCUUCAGAUUCAAAUGAAUACAAAUAAAAAUAAUUAACGAAAUAUUUUCCAUAACCGUUGUAUCCAUUUUAUAAUAUGAAGACUAGUAUUACAUUAAACAAAGUUCAAUGUUUACUAAAAUUUUAACAUUCUGAUUAAAUUAAAGUUAAUUGAUUUUGAUUAAUUAUGUCCUGUACUUUUUUCUUACUUUUUACAUGUGUAAUUACAUAUUCUAUCUUACAACAUACAUAUAAAAGAAUCCUUGAGGAAAGGCAAAUUUUCUUCUCGUCCGAGCUUGCCUCCAUCACAAUAAAUGCUCCAGGUGCUUUAUCUUACGAAUCACAAAUUAUCUCGAUGCAUGGUAAUACGAUUUCAUACAUGUUCAACAUUGGUACACGAUCUAUAGAACAAAUGUGAAGGUAGUAAUAACUAGAUAGAUAUUAUAAUAAAUUUCAUUUAAAAAAAAAAAAAAAAAAAAAGAAAGAAAAAACAACUGUAUAAAAUGCUUGGCUUUGUUCGCGGAUUAACAAUUGUUUCUCACGUUUAAAAAUGUGUCGAUUGUGUAAGAAAGUUCUUUACUCGAAAAUAUCAUUAUCAUUAUUAAGAUAUUUACUGCCGAUAUCACUUUUUUCGAAGUGGAUAGAAAUAAAAACUGAUGUCACAACAGGAAUGUAACAGAUGUGUGUACCGAUACUGCAUUUUAAUGAAACGUCAACGAUUUGUAUCAUACAAAUAUGAAUUUAAUUCGAGUAGCUCUGCUUGGAACCCUGAAGCCAUUACAUUUGAUACUAUGCGACUCGAGUCUCAAGCUAGGCCGCUAUGAUUACAAGAGAAUCGAAAAAAAAAAACAGAAGAAGAAAAAAAAUAGCGAGAAUCAAUGUAAUUUGAGUUCGUUCUUUAUAUUAGUAGACUGUAUUUAUUUGCAACCGGUAUUGCAAAGAAGCAAAAAUUUAACAGCAUUUUUCAAACAAUUCGCGGUUUACUUUGUAAACAUUUAUCGUAAAAAAAUUAUUUGUAUGCAUAGAUGUAAUAAGUUACAGAAUGUAUUUAAUCAUACAUAGUCGUAUGUGAUAAGGCUACUUGUUACGAGGAAAGUGCUUAAAAGUCGUAAGAUAUCGAAGUAAUGAUCGUAUUCAAAAUAAAACUGCAACUAAAUGUUUUAUAAACUGCUCGUUUGUUAUAAGAGAAUCCUAAAUUUAGCAACAAGUUUUUACGGUAUAAGUGAUUUUGGCCGUAAAUAAGUACAGCUAAGAUACAAAACCGAUACAAUGCGUGUAUCUUUUUUGUUAUAGAACCGAUCUUUGAUCUUUGACUGACAAUGAAUGGAACGUGUUUUCUGAGAAAGCAAACAAAACGAACAGAUUUUUUCCAAAUUAAUAUUAACAUUACUAAAAAUUGACGAGCAACUUUUAAAAAACUGGAAUAUGCAUAUGUCAGAGGUGAAUAAUGCUAUUCAUAUAUGGGUAUACAUAUAUGUAUAUAUAUAAAGAAAUGCAUCCAAAUUAUGAUCUUAAGGUGAAUAUUUGAACAGGUAUUGCAAUUUACUUUCCAAUCGAUGCACAGCAAAUAGAAAUACUUUAAUACCUAUGUUUACGAUUGCAAUACGUCGAUAUUGUUUUAUGCCGAUUUUCAAAGGUAGGAUUGAUGUAAGAAAGGUCCCUCGCUCUCCUUGGAAUUAUAUUUUAUUCAAUUUGGAGAGGAGUUAACAAGUAGAUUUUGUAAACUAUUGAGUGAUGGCAUUAAUCCAAUAAGUUGUCGGGGAUCAUGUGACAUAGUUGUGAGUACUGAGUACAUAGAAAUGGAAUGGUCUGUCACGCGUGUCUGAAUGAAUGAAUGUAUAAGUUAAGAGUUCUACUAGUUAUUCAUUAUAACGACAAAAAUAUGUAAAGAGUUUAAUAAUACUUACUAAUAAAAUAAAAAAUGCCACUAUAAUAAUGCUUUGUAUCUUCGCUAAAAUCAUUAUGUAUAAACAGUUAGAAAUUUUUUUAUAAAAAUGAAUCUUUAUCUUUC